CUCCUCCUCCUCCUGCCGGGCGGGGCCAGGGUCGGCAGUCCCGGCGCGCUGCCGCCGCGUGGAGCCGCGCUGCGUGUUCCCGAUCCCAUCUCCCUGAUCCCCGAUCCCUUAUCCCAUAUCCCCGUUCCCGGCUCCCUCCGCCGCCCCGAGCCGUGCCCCCGCUGCGGGCCGGCGGCGCGGGGAUGGGCGCGGGGCUGUGAGCGCGGCCGGGAGCCGUGGCCAUGGGGAACAUCUCCUCCAACAUCUCCGCCUUCCAGUCCCUGCACAUCGUCAUGCUGGGCCUGGAUUCGGCGGGCAAGACCACGGUGCUCUACCGCCUCAAGUUCAACGAGUUCGUCAACACCGUGCCCACCAUCGGCUUCAACACGGAGAAGAUCCGGCUCAGCAACGGGACGGCCAAGGGCAUCAGCUGCCACUUCUGGGACGUGGGCGGCCAGGAGAAGCUGCGCCCGCUCUGGAAGUCCUACAGCCGCUGCACCGAUGGCAUCAUCUACGUGGUGGACUCAGUGGACGUGGACCGGCUGGAGGAAGCCAAAACGGAGCUGCACAAGGUGACCAAGUUCGCGGAGAACCAGGGCACGCCGCUGCUGGUCAUCGCCAACAAGCAGGACCUGCCCAAAUCGCUGCCGGUGGCCGAGAUCGAGAAGCAGCUGGCUCUCCACGAGCUGACCCCUUCCACCACGUACCACAUCCAGCCCGCCUGCGCCAUCAUCGGCGAGGGGCUGACGGAGGGCAUGGACAAGCUCUACGAGAUGAUCCUCAAGCGCAGGAAGUCCCUCAAGCAGAAGAAGAAGCGGCAGGGCAAUAGUGGUGAUAACAAAGCGGCUCCCGCCAGCCGAGCCCAGAUCCCGGAGCUCCCCUCUCCCACCGCCCCGUGCUCCUGAGGGUCUGAUCCGGACUCCCUUGGGCUGGAAACACGGAAAAUCCGGGAUGAAUCCCCCCGGGAUGAAUCCCCCCUCUCCAUCUCCGGGACCACCGAGCCUUUGUGUGCCGGGGAACCAGCAGGGCAGGACCCUGCUGAAGCGCGUUCGAGCGGAGCCCAGCGUGCUUUUGGAUCUCUGACGGGGGCGUUUGGGGGCGUCGAUGCCAGCCCCCCACAAACCUUUUGGGGCGGGGGGUCGGUGCUGCGGGUGCCCCGUGGCUCGGCAAGGUCAGCGGGGAGGGGGCUUGCCGCCCUCAUCCCUGCAUCCCCGCAUCCCUGGAUCCCUCCCCCGCGGGUGGCGGUGGGAAGGGGUGUUGAAAGCUUGGGCGGGGGGGGUUGGACCAGCAGAAAAUGUCUUGGAGGGGUGGGUGUGAUGGGUAAGGGGACAUCCACCCGCCCUGGAUGGUGUUUUGGGGUGCAGAGCAAGGACGGGCAGGCUUUGGCUUGGGGGGGAGGAUGCGACACUGGGGUGCUGAGCAGCUGCUGAAUGGUGCAGAGCUUGAAGCUCAAAAAAAAAAUAGGUGAAAAAAAGAAAAAGAAUGCCGAAGGGUUUGGGGUGAACGCUGCUGGGAGCGCUAGGGGGUUGUGCAGCACCCCCAUUUCUCAGAGGCUCGGCGGUGUCACCCUCUGCAGCAAAGCCCCCCGCAAGUGUGCAUUGUCCCCGUGCUCAGGGUGCUCCCAGGUGCGGCUCUGGAGGUGAUCCAAACUAGGGGUUACUUAGCAAAACCCCCCAAAAAAGGCAGAGUUUGGGGUUCUGGCCACUGUGCUGCUCUGCAGUGGGGCAGGAGGCCAAGUCGGGGAGGUCAUGGCAGGGCAGGAUGGAUGGAUGGACACACAGGGAUGGCCAGAGCCUGCAAAAAAUCUCUGCUGGAAAGGGAAGAUGGCAGGGGGUGAAGAGGCAUGGGGGGGUUGUGGUAGGUUUCUAAUAAAGAUUCAAACCCGAUUCAAAGCCCCUCGCCUCCCCCAGUAGCCACAGGGGCAAGCUGAGCCGGGCAGGGCCAGGCCUGGCCGCCUCCUGCAGGGGAACGUUUUAUACCUGUUGUUCGGGGCUGGGACCAAAAUCCACUUGCUGUCUGUGUUCCAGCCUGGGAUCCCUCUC